AUGGCGAAGGACUUGGACGAGCUCUUGGAUGAGGUCGAGUCCAAAUUUUGCAGACCCGACCCCCCGAGACUGGGCAUAGUGCAGCGGCCCAGAGCCUGCGGCGGCGGCAUCCUCAGCAACGACCGGAACCGAGCCGAGGCGAAAGAGAAUCUCAGGUUAACAGAAACAUUUGAGAAAGAAGAUGAUCUUGACAGUCUUAUUAAUGAAAUAUUUGAAGAACCCAACUUUGACAAAAAAACCUUUAAAUUAAAAUCUAAAUCUUCAGGUAACACAUCUGUCAAAGCUUCCAUUCAAGGCCUUGGUAAAAGUUGCAGCCCAGUGUACCUCGGUGGAAGCACUGCUCCGUGUGGAAUUGGAACAAGUACUUCACAGAGAGCAUGUGAUCAUCUGCGCUGUACAGCAUGUGAUUUCUGGGUGGUGAGCUAUGACGACUAUAUGUGGGACAAAUCCUGCGAUUAUCUGUUUUUCAGGAACAACAUGCCAGAGUUCCACAAAUUAAGAACAAAGUUGGUAAAGAAGAAAGGAACACGGGCAUAUGCCUGCCAGUGUAGCUGGAGAACUAUUGAAGAUCUGACUGACCUUCAGACUGAUCAUCAGCUUCGUUGGGUUUGUGGUAAACAUUAA